GGCAUCGACGACGGGAGCAGUCUGCUCGUCGCGGCCCGUCGGCAGCCACUGGGAGGCUGAGGAGGCCGAGCGGGCGACGCGCACCCCCCUGCGACCAGCUCCGUCGGUCGCUCGACGGGCAGCAGCAGAAGGCCAAGGAGGUCACCCACCUUCGCGAUGUGGUGGCCGAGCUGCAGAAGAGCUACGAGAAUGGCGAGCUCCACCUGGCGGAGGCCGAGCUCCUCGCCAUCCUGCUCCGGGGUGGAGGUUGCCGGGGCUGCCGCGCCCGCCGCUGCGCCCUCGGGUGCUUCGCGGGCUCCGUCGGGCCCGGAGCUGGACGGGUCGCUGGAGCGGCUUGGCCGCAUCGUCAGCGCAGCUCCGUCAGCCACGGCGUGCAACGAAGUUCCGCCCCCCGGGCCCCGACGGGACGUGGGCCAAGCUGCUCAGCACGGGCAGGCCGCGGAUCGUGCCGGAGUGGCGCCGCCCGCUGGUCUUCUGCCACGGGGUCGGCGUCGGCCCGACCAUGUGCCUGUCGUUCCUGCAGCCCCUGGCGCGGGUGCUCGGGCAGGACUACCCCAUCUUCCUGGUCGACAGCGCCGCUGUGUCCAUGCGGUUCUCUGAGGACGUGCCGUCGGCCAGGGAGAUCGCCGCCAACAUGGCGAACAUGCUCCUGGUCUGGGGCUUCGCGAGCGCGCACUUUGUCGGCCACUCCUUCGGCACGUUCCUCGUGUCGUGGAUGCUGCGGUACCAGCCGGGGCACGUCGAGAGGUGCACCUUUGUGGACCCGGUGUGCUUCAUGCUGCUCAAGGCCGAGCUCCCAGCCCUGCCUGCUCGGGCAGCCGGGAGUUCGGUGAGCGAGGGCGCGAUUCUGGAAUUGUCUGCGUUCUGGACCUUCUCUUGCGCUCCCUCCCUCCACUGUCCUUGCCUUUCCC